AUGAACACCAACAACAACAUUUUCCGACCUUCAACCGCCACCCCCUUCGAUGCAGCAAUCUGGAUUAGGCGAUGGGAUGCCAGUCCUGCAACCAUAAGCCACUGUCGCGGUGCCAUCGAGAACGCCUUUCAAGCAUCCGAUCAAUACUGGCAAGAACUCGUUAAGCUGAACUCUAGGCUAGUGAACGAAGGAAAGCUAGAUCCUAUGCAAUCCUCACAUUUUAAGACUCUGGUCGCUUAUAGGAAUUCCUUUAAGACGAAUCCGAAGAUGGUUGUGGAACUGAAUGAAGAGAGAGCACAAGCAAUGUGCGUGUGGUUGAAACAUUUCUUCGCGCUUGAGAUGCAGAGGAGUGGUAGAACUGACGGAGAAGUACCGAAGAAGAAAGUACAGUUUUCAUUCCCAGUGGAAGACCAGAAUCCAGAUAGAAAGGAACCCAAUAGCAAAGAAGUUGUAACCCGCGAGCCUAGAUCUAUCCUCAGACCCCAAUAUCAACCGUUCUUUACAACACAACGAGUCCAUCGAGAUUACGACGCAACCCGCGGAAAGAAAUUAAAACCGCAAACCAAAGGUUCCAGUGAAAAUCGACCACAUUCAAAUCACAAGCCAACUGCCCAUAACGGGAAAGGGGCCUCUACUAGUGGCAAGUCAACACAUCAAGAUCACAAGCAAAGUAGCCAUACACGCGACCACCACUCUGCCAACGCUCCAGCAGUUGCAGGCAGUUCAAGACCUUCAAAUCACAAACCAACUCCCCAUAACCGCGAAGGCUCCUCUACUAGUGACAAGUCACCAAAUCGACAUCAGCCAAGUGGUCAUAAACAUCACUCUCCCAAAAUUCCAGCCGAAGCAGGAAGUUCUCGCCAACGAGAACGUCGACCAAGCUCGCACACAAAAGCGAAGCCAUCUUCUAAUACUAUAAGAGAGAAUCCUUCGCGGCGUCCAUCGACUGGUCGUUCUGCGAAUGUAAGGCCUCCUAGAAAGAUAGUGCUGGGUUUUCUUUUAGGUUGA